GUAAAUGUUUGUGUGACAAAGAGGAACUUAUGGAGCCACCGCACAGAUGGCAAGUUUAUGUGACCGGUUAUAGUUUGGGUGGUGCACUAGCUACUCUUCUUGCUCUUGAACUUUCAUCAAGUAAAUUAGCGAAAUGUGGGGCAAUCUCGGUGACAAUGUAUAGCUUCGGUUCUCCUAGAGUUGGUAACAGAAGAUUUGCAGAAGUAUAUAAUGAGAAAGUUAAAGAUAGCCGGAGAAUUGUUAACCACAGAGACAUUAUACCAACAGUCCCCCGUUUGACGGGUUAUUGCCAUGUGGCUCAGCCUGUUUAUAUGGCUGCUGGAGAAUUAAAAGACACUUUGGAAAGUAUGGAGCUUUGGAAAGAUGGUUAUCAAGGAGAUGUCAUCGGGGAAUACACACCAGAUGUUCUCGUCACUGAAUUUGUAUGAAAGGAGUG